AUAUUACAGGGAUUGGUAGUUCCCAAUCCAUUUAUUGGUAAUACACGGGUCACUUAGGAUCAGAACUCCACCAGAAAUCCAGAUGGAGGCGAUUAAAAAGUGGUUUCAAAAUGAGGGUCAAGUUGAAGGACUUGUUUGGCACUGUGCCACUGGUACUCUGUUUAAGCUUCAUCGCAACCAUGUUGCAUUACCAUGGCCAGUAGAAUCACCAACCUUGACCAGACAGCGUGUAUCAGUUGCUGUGGAUACCACAAAUUACGAGUUAGACAACAAUGACAGUUUGAUAUCAGAGUUUGGAAAAGUGUACGGUCAUGCAUGUGAAUCUGUGAAAGACUUGAAAAAUUUAUUUAUGUUAGAGGAACAUGUCUCAACUGGGGUCGGUCCUCAGAAACAGAUUGGUUCUCAGACAAAAAUUAAUGGUACCAUGUCUAAGAAAAGGGAAUUUAUCUUGUAAUAUGUUUUGUAUUGUUUUUAUGUGUUAUUGUUGUCAAGAUUGAUAAUAAACAGGCCUGGGAAUUUUCAGGACUGGUCUAGUUUUAGACUCUUUGGCAGCCAGAAUUUCCCUAUAUAACUCAAUAAA